AUUAUAUCCUUUGUUAAUAGAAACAUUUAGCUUAAAAGAAAAACAACAACAACAAAGACAUAGAUACAGGAUGUUUACAACAGUUAGAAGAAAUAUGUUGGGCACAAUCAACACAACAUCUGACAUUGUCACUCGUCUUUUUCAACCAUUGUCAAGCAAGACAACACUACUGAACCCCCCUGCAGCCCUGACACAAUCUGUUCGCUUGGCAUCCAACUUUUCACCCAAACGUACUAAAUACCGAAAGGCACAGAAGGGCAAGAUUCCUAUUCCUGUCGGUGGAUCGACAAAGGGGACGACAGUUGAAUUUGGCGAUUUUGGUCUACGUAUAAAGGAAGGGGCACGUUUGACAGGACGACAGUUGACAGCGGUUCAUAACUUACUUAAAAGAAAGUUGAAGACCAUCAAGGGCUCACAGAUCUGGAUGCGAGUCUUCCCAGAUAUUCCAGUCACCAGUAAAGGGAAUGAAGUACGUAUGGGUAAAGGUAAAGGUGCGUUUGAAUAUUGGGCCUGUCGUGUCCCUAUCAAUCGUAUCAUUUUUGAAAUUGCCGGGAUGCGUAAGGAAAUCGCCAAGGACGCCUUCCGUUUAGCCUCCUACAAGUUACCCGUCAAGGUUGAAAUGGUCGAUCGUGGCACGAAACCCAUCGUAGGCGCUGGUUAUCUUCCUUCCUUAAAGAACAAUCCUGUUGUUUCAGAUGUUACCACAACUGCACCUCCCUCUUAGAUCUUAAUAUUUAUUUAUUUUUCUUUUUCUUUUCUUCUUCAAUCGAUCGUUUUUAUUAUAUCGUAUUAUUCUGAGGGAAACGUUGUUUAAGCAAGUUAAAUAAAUAUAGAUACAUAUACAUAUUUAUAUAUAUAUAACCCU